AGUGCUCUUGCUAUGGGCAUCACCGCCAGCUGGGGCGACGCAGCGGUAUGGGGUGUGCCUGGAGUAUGGAAGUCCAAAAAAGUGUGAGGUGCCACCCCCCCGCUCCUUUAAUUGAAUAUUCGCAGUGUUGGAGGUCCCCGAAACUUAGGAUUAUAGGGACGCUCUAGGAAGUAGCAGGUGUGCCGCAGUGUAUAGGGGUCUGUGUAAGAAUUUGCGCUCCAGGGAUAUGGGGAUGCUUAAAGGGGGAAAUGGUAUCUCACAAAAUGGAGAAUUUCAAAGCUACAGGGCCCCAAAAAUGUGAGGUGACACAGGGAGUGGGGUUAUCCUAGGAAGGCUGUAAUGAUGCCCUGGAGCUGGGGGUUUCCCAAAACUGGUGUUCCCAGAGAAUACGUCUAUCCUUGAGUCUGGUGAUACGAUGGUGGCACUUACCAGGUGCCCCCAGGGAAGAAAGGUGCCCCAAAAACGUGGGACACCCAUAUGACUGACAAGCAUGGAAAGCUGUGACAAUGAGGGUGCUCAAAGGGUUUUUGAGUGCCCCAGAGUAAUGGGGGUGCAUGGGGAAUGCCCUUGUGUGCAGCUUUCCCCUAAAAGCACUAGAGGUACUCAGAGCCACAGCAUUUGCUAAUUCUGCAGGGCUGGCACAGGGGCACAGCUCUGUCUGAUGGCAUGGCUUGACUUCGCUUAGCUUGGCAUGGCCCAGCCAGGGCAGGAGGGACAUGGGGCUCUACUCUGGGGGGAGCCCCACAGCAACCCCCAACAGAGGGCAAGCCAGCCUUGCAGUCCCCCUGUGCAUCCCCCAAAUGCUGACACCACCCUUGCUCUAUCAGUGGGGAAACUGAGACGCAGAGCUCUGCAUUGCCGUCACCCACUGGCCAUGGCCAGGAGGGCUCCUGCUCUUCUGGAGGGACUGUAGUACACAGGGGUACCUUGAAGGGGAUCCCCUCAUCCACUGAGGAUCUGGGGACAAAUUGGAGACCCCCAGCUGGAGACCCCUGGGGUGCAUCAUUGCGGGGAUGACAAUGAACCCCUGGGUGCACCCCCAGUGCAGUGUGGCCUGGGACAACCUGGGACAGGAGGGUGACAGGGGGCUGUGGGCUCCCCUUGGCCUGGGAGAGGAAUCUGGGGGGACCAGGGUCCCUUUGGCUGCCACUUCCGCUUCGUGCUGGGAGAAGAUUUUGCAACGUUUCCUCCCCGGGCAGUAUAAAGUGGGCGGUGGAGGAAAGGAGUACUGGGAGGCGGCACGGCAGCAGGCGCAGGUGAGGGAUCCUUCUGCUGGUGAGACCUCUGGGUCUGGUGCUACCCUGCAUCCCACCACACUUUGGGGGUGACAUCUGGAUUUAAACUCGCGCCUGUGUGCUUCCCAGUGAGAAACACCUUGGGAUCAGGAGAAGACCCCACAUUUGAGGGGACGGCGACAGCAGCAAGCAGCAAAAUGGAGUCCUUGUCUUACAGUGGUGAUUUCUCCAACAUCUUCUACUUUUACAACUACACCUAUGACUACAGCACAGCCAUGCCUGACACUGCUGACUUAUCCUCUCCGUGCCGGCCUGAAAGCUCUGCCCUCAACAAGUACCUGGUGGUGGUGAUCUACUGCCUGGUCUUCAUCCUCAGUGUGGUGGGGAAUGGGCUGGUGGUGCUAGUGGUGACCUCCAGCCACACCAGCCGCUCCGUCACCGACGUCUACCUGCUCAACCUGGCUGUGGCAGACCUGCUCUUCGCUUUGAGCCUGCCUCUUUGGGCAGCCUACCGAGCCCACGAGUGGGUCUUUGGCACUGUGAUGUGCAAAGCCAUCUCCGUGCUGCAGGAAGCCAACUUCUACAGCGGCAUCCUUCUGCUGGCCUGCAUUAGCGUGGACCGCUACCUGGCCAUUGUCUACGCCACACGGGCUGCCACUGAGAAGAGGCACUGGGUGAAGUUUGUCUGCUUGGGCAUCUGGGUGUUCUCCGUGCUGCUCUCCCUGCCUGUGCUGCUCUUCCGCGAGGCUUUCCGCUCACCCAACAACGGCACCGUGUGCUAUGAGCGCAUCAGCGGCGAGGACACGACCAAGUGGCGGGUGGUGCUGCGGAUCCUGCCGCAGACAUUCGGCUUUGUCUUGCCCCUCCUGGUGAUGUUCUUCUGCUAUGGCGUCACCAUCCACACCCUCCUGCAGACCAAGAAUGCUCAGAAGCAGCGGGCCAUGAAGGUCAUCUUUGCUGUGGUGCUGGUCUUCCUCAUCUGCUGGCUGCCCUACAACAUCACGCUGGUGAGCGACACCCUCAUGAGGACACGGGCCAUUGCCGAGACCUGUGAGAGGAGGAACCGCAUCGACACAGCCCUCUCUGUCACGCAGGUCCUGGGCUUUGCCCACAGCUGCAUCAACCCUAUCAUCUACGCCUUCAUCGGUCAAAAGUUUCGCAACAGCUUCCUCAAGAUCCUGGCGCAGCGUGGGCUGAUCAGCAAGGAUGCUGUUGCCCGCUAUGGCCGCGCCUCCUAUGCCUCCACCUCUGGCAAUACAUCCACCACCCUCUGAGCCCCUCUGGGAUCCAGCCCUUGUGGGUACCAGCAGGUUCCAGCACCCCACGCACCUCAGCAUUCUCAUCCAGCCCCCUGGAACAUGGGUGGUGAUGCCAUGGGGAUGGGCAGAGCCACCGCUGGAUGCUGGACCCCAACUGGAAGGGGGCUUGGGUGGCAAGAUGGUAGAACCCCAUUGCCAGGCGAGUGAUGUCAAGUGUCCACCCUCCCCUCUCUUUGGGACAAAGCCUGUGACCCUGGGGAUUCUGUGAGCCUGC